AUGGCGAGUCACGGAGUUGCACGCGGCCCCCGGACUCGAACGGACGAUCAGAAGCGGCAGGACGCAGAACGAAUCAAGACCUAUCGCGAGCUCGAGGACCAGCUCCGACUCAGUGACGGCCACGGUACCGACGCAUUCCAGCUGACGACGAAACUGCUGCGGCUCAACCCCGAGUACUACACGAUAUGGAACGUCCGCAGGCGCUGCCUAAUUUCUGGCUCUUUGUCCAGAUGGCCCUCUGGGUCGCCGUCCUCGGAGGUCUUCUCGAGUUUAUCUCCAUCCAGAGCAAUAUUACUCUCUUCCGGCGGAUCAUUGUCUACGUCCUCGGCCGCGACCCCGCCGAGCCGCCUUUCAACUGGAGAAACAUCCGGGGAAUCAUCUGAGGGGGCAGAGGUGGGAGAAGAAGGAGGGGCGAGCAAGGUGACAAGCCGGGCGGCAGACCAUGCCAACGACGCACGGAUAAUCACAGCAGAGCUCCAGUUUACCAUCCCUCUGCUCAUGGAGUUCCCCAAGUGCUACUGGAUCUGGUCCUAUCGCCUGUGGGUCCUGCAGCAGGCCGUGCAGAGGCUGGAAGCGCAGACGGCCCGGCGCAUCUGGGAAGACGAGCUGGCUCUCGACUCCAAGAUGCUGACCAAGGACCGGCGCAACUUUCAUGCCUGGGGAUACCGGCGGCAGGUGGUGGAACAGCUCGAGAGCCCGGCGCUCAGUCCAGCUGGUGCGGGUGGACCGCCCACGAGCUUAGUCGAGGCUGAGUUCGCCUACACGACCAAGAUGGUGCACAUGGACCUGUCCAACUUCUCGGCCUGGCACAGCCGCAGCAAGCUGAUCCCACGGCUGUUGGAGGAGCGGCAGGCUGACGACCUCGCGCGUACACACUUUCUGGACUCGGAACUCGGCAUCGUCCGCGAGGCUCUUAAUGUCGGCCCCGAGGAUCAGUCACUUUGGUUCUACCACCAAUUUUUAAUGUCCAACCUGAUCGACUACAUCGGGCGGCCGACAAUCACGCCACACUUCUCACACAAGGAGCGCAUGACGUACGUUGUGCGCGAACUGGACGACAUCAAAGACCUGUUGCUGGACUACGAUGACAUCAAGUGGAUCUACGAGGCGCUGCUCGAGUACACUAUUGCCGUGGCGAAGAUGGAGGAGCGCCCGCUGGCCGAGAACGAGAUAAUAGAGGCGCGAGCGUGGCUAGCUAAACUGAGAGAGCUGGAUCCGAUGCGCGGUGGCCGGUGGGAUGACCUGGAGGCGGAGUACAUCCUGCGACGGCGGCGGCCAUUUGCCGAGGACGGGUUAGACAUCUGA